CGCCCACCAUGCCGUUUAACACGGAGAGAAACGUCUUGCUACCGCUAAACGGGACGCGGUUCGACUUCAACCUCCAGUUUGAGCAGUUGUUCUUCUCUAUCGUGCCUACGACCAUUUUCAUCGUCGCGUCGUUAUGGCGCACACUUUCUCAGGCACGCAAGCCGAAAGUCGUGCACGCACCAAAAUUCCAGUAUAUCAAAUUGGGUGCAUUAUCCGUGUAUCUCUGCCUGGAGCUCGCCCUUGUCAUUCUAGUAGCGAGCAGACACGUGCAUGCGUCUAGCAUAUUCAUUGCGGCCGUCGUUCUUAGACUGGUAGCAGUACUCCCCAUGAUGGCACUGAGUGCGGUUGAGCACAGCAGGAACCCGCGGCCAUCGACGCUGCUAACCGCCUAUCUGUGUUUAACUCUACUCCUGGAUGCGGCACAGGCGAGAACACUGUUCUCAUCUUCGGCCUCCCCCUUGGAGCGCGUCUACAGCCGCACCUUCUGCGCUGCUGUGGCUCUGAAGGCGGUCAUUCUGGUGUUGGAAGCCCGACAAAAAUCCAGCUGGGUGCACUGGACCAACGACGAAAAAGAACACAGUCCAGAGGAGACCAGCGGCAUCUUCUCUCUCGGCGUUUUCUUCUGGCUGAAUAAGUUAUUUCUUGCGGGUUACCGAACUAUUCUGACCAUCGACACACUCUUUCCGCUCGAUAGCUCCCUUGACGCCGAAGCCCUGCACGCCAAGUUCUCUCGAAAAAUGAAUUAUACCAAACUCAAGGGCGAUAGGUUUGGCCUCGCCAAAGUCCUUGUGAGCACCCUGAAGGUUCCUCUACUGCUUCCUGUUUUCCCGCGCCUGGCGCUCCUGGGCUUCACGUUCUCGCAACCUUUCUUUAUCGAGACCUUGUUGGACUAUCUCGCAGAGCCUACACAUGACCCGAAUAUAGGAUAUGGCCUGAUCGGUGCCAGCUUUCUGAUAUACUCGGGCAUCGCUACUUCCUUGGCCUUCACUUGGUACUUCCACCACCGCCUACGCAUCAUGGUACGAUCGAUAUUGGUCCCCGAAGUCUUCAUCAAGGCUACGAAAGUGCGCGUCGGAGCAGCGGAUGGCGGCGCCGCGCUGACUCUAAUGAGCACGGACGUGGAGCGCAUUCGGAUGGGCUUCAGGACUCUGCACGAGCUGUGGGCGUGUUUGGUCCAGGUAGCGCUAGCUGCAUGGAUGCUAUACCAGCGUUUAGGCGUUGUAUUUGUCGCGGCAAUCGGUCUGGUAGUGGUCUGCUUCGCCUGCCUCGGUGUUUUGAUCAACUUCACUGGGGAUUCGCAGAGAGCAUGGAUGGCCGGCGUGCAGACGCGUGUCGGUCUGACGGCCACCGUCAUUGCCAGUAUGAAGAAUUUGAAGAUAUCAGGGCUUUCUGCUACCGUGGGCGACUUUGUACAAAAGUUCCGUAUCGACGAGCUUGCAGCCGGAGCCCGAUACCGCCGCAUUUGGAUCACUGCUGCGCUAUUCGGUUUUAUCCCGCUGUUAAUGGCCCCACCCCUAGUUUUUGCUUUCGCACAGCGAACACUCGAUACUUCAAGCGUGUUUACCAGUCUUUCUUUCUUGACGCUGAUGACAGUCCCGCUGUCGCAAAUCUUCCAGGCCGUCCCUGAGAUCGUUUCCGGCUUCGCCUGUCUCAGCCGCAUUCAGGCCUUCUUGGAGUGCGAGACGCGCCAAGAUGUUCGACAGGUUCUUGUUGACGCGGAAGAUCUGCCUGAGGUAGAGCUGGCCGUCAAGGACGCCAAGUUCGGCUGGGAAGCGGACAAAUUCGUCUUGCGGAAUGUGAACUUCUCAGUGGCUCGACAUUCACUCACCUUAGUUGUGGGGCCUGUUGGCUCGGGAAAGUCAACCCUCUGCAGAGCGCUGUUGGGUGAGAUGCCCUUUAGCGAGGGAUUUGUGAUGGUGAGGACCCAUCAUAGCCAUGUUGGCUACUGCGACCAGACCGCAUUCCUUUUCAACGGUUCGGUGAGAGACAACAUCGUUGCCUUUUCAGCUUUCGAUCCAGCGAGAUACGCCGAAGUCAUCAGAGCGACUGCUCUCAGCUAUGAUUUUACCAUGCUUCCCCAAGGGGACGGCACCAAUGUCGGGUCUGACGGAAUCACACUGUCCGGUGGCCAGAAGCAACGCGUUUCGCUUGCCCGAGCUUUAUACCUACAGGCCGAUCUGCUCGUGCUAGACGAUGUGUUUAGCGGCCUGGAUGCCGAAACCGAGGAGCACGUCUUUGACCAAGUUUUUGGACCACAGGGACUGUUGCGAAGACGGGGAACCACCGUUGUGUUGUGCACCCAUAGCGUGCGGCACUUGCCCUCUGCCCAUCACAUCAUCGUACUCGGAGACGGAACCAUUGUCGCACAAGGUAGCUUCGACCAGCUAAGGCAUAGUCAAGGGUUUCAUCAAUACGCUUCAUCACAAAAGUCAACACCCGCAACAUCCACGGAGCCGCAGCUGGACCCACGACCGCAUCUUCCUCCGACGGGAAUAACAGGCAAGGCAUCGCCGGCGCCGAUCACAGACGGCGCGCGGCAAGUCGGAGAUCGAAUGGUAUACAAACAUUACAUCAAAAGCAUGGGUUUGUCUCUGGCAGUGUGCUGCGCCUUGUUCGAUUCGCUCUGGGGAACUCUUACCAACUUCCCAACCGUCUGGCUUACAUUCUGGACUGACGGAAUGAAGUCGGCUUACCGAGAGCACUCGGACUUCUACUACAUCGGCAUCUAUGGUUUGCUUCAGGCCUGCGCCGCUAUAGCACUGCUGCUCCUGGGCAUCGCCAUAUUCAUCACGUCGGUGAAGAGAGCUGGCGCCAACAUACACCGCGAGGCCUUGGAUACCCUUAUCCGGGCACCACUUGCCUUCUUCACCAAGACGGAUACUGGUAUCGUCACAAAUUUAUUUUCGCAAGAUCUGAACCUCAUCGAUACCGAGCUGCCGGAAGCAACCCUCUUUACGCUGGUGACGCUCGCUCAAGCGGUCGGACAGAUGGCUGUCAUGCUUACUUCGUCAGCAUACCUCGCGAUAAGCUAUCCAUUCCUCGGUGCGAUGCUAUAUGUCGUGCAAAGAUUCUAUCUGCGCACAUCCAGACAGAUACGGCUGCUCGACCUUGAGGCCAAGAGUCCCCUGUACACGCACUUUCUAGACACGGUCAAAGGCGUCACGACCCUCCGAGCCUUCGGGUUCCUACCCGACGAUGUUCAAAAGAAUCUUCGCCUAAUCGGAUCCAGCCAACGACCUGCUUAUAUGCUGCUCAUUAUACAAGAGUGGUUGAAUUUAGUGCUCAACGUUGUAGUUAUGAUAAUGGCAGUCAUAUUGACGACACUUGCCGUCCGCCUUCACUCCAAGUCUGGUUUCGCCGGCGCUUCUCUUUACAGCCUCCUGACACUUGGGGAAAAUCUCUCAGGCAUUGUCAUCUACUGGACUAAACUGGAGACGUCUUUAGGGGCAAUAGCUCGACUCAAAGCUUUUGGCGAAAACGUCAUACAUGAAGACACAGACGAGGAGGACAUCGUUCCCUCGGAACAAUGGCCUCGUAGUGGCGUCGUAGCAUUGAAAGGUGUCUCAGCAAGCUAUGAAGAGCAGGGCGAAGGCGAGAGUUCGCCUAGACUCGCCCUUCGGGACAUCCACCUCACUAUUGCUUCAGGUGAGAGAGUGGCUAUCUGCGGACGUACCGGAAGCGGCAAAUCCAGCCUCAUCGCUCUUCUUCUCAAGCUCAUCAACCCUCUCCCGGAGACCGCAGACAACGCGACAAUUGAUGACACGCCGCUCCGUCGCCUCAAUAGGCUCGCGCUACGUCAGCGCAUCAUUGCCGUACCACAGGAAGCCGUCUUCUUACCCGAUGGGUGCACGUUCCGGACAAAUGUGGAUCCAUCAGGUGUUUCAACGGCGGCGGAAUGCGAAGACGUACUGGCAACGGUCGGCUUGUGGGAUUUUGUCGUAGAGCGCGGUGGUUUGGAUUCUGGCAUGAGCGCGGGGACUCUGAGUGCCGGGCAGCGGCAACUAAUAUCAGUCGGACGCGCAUUGCUUAGACAACGUGUCCGAGCGCGGCAGCAAGUAUACGGAGGGAUACUGUUACUGGAUGAAGUCAGCUCGAGUGUGGACGCCGAUACGGAACGCGUGAUGCAGGAGAUCAUAAGGAGCGAAUAUAGGGGAUAUACUGUGAUAGCUGUGAGCCAUCGGCUAGACAUGAUCAUGGAUUUCGACAGAGUGGUGGUCAUGGAUGCAGGCGAGAUUGUGGAGAUAGGAAACCCUGUCGAGCUAGCUGAAGAGGUUGGAACUAGAUUCGGGGAUCUGGUUAGGGCAGCGAAGGAUGAUAAGUGAUGCUGCAUAACCUGUGUGAGACAGAUUUGUCUAGAGGCAGAAGAGAAAAGCGCAGGCUGAGGGGUUAAGAUCCAAUUGGGGCGACUCGGGCUGUGAACGACUGCGGUGAAAGGGUAUUAGUGGAGGCUGGGCCCCUUGAGUGUAU